AUGCCUUACCGGGCAAGAUGGAAGACCAACCUCGUCAACGCCUUCCCCGUCCCAGAAGACCGGAAGCCGAAGAAGAAGAUACAGACGGGUACUGAAGAAGAGCAGGAAGACGACACGGGUUUCAAGCCCAAAGGGACUUUCCCGCUUCUCUCUCUUCCAGCAGAAGUGCGGACGCAGAUCUACAACCUGAUCCUCUUCAAUGAGACCGACCCGCUCGCCAGCAAGGCGAGUCAGGUGAUCGACCAGCGAGAAAUUCUCCCGAGCUGCAAGAACUUGGCAUUUUUGCUGCUAAGUAAACAAGUCCAUUCCGAAACCACACGGCUCCUGUACUCGACCGCUACCUUUCGUCUCUUCCCGAUCCAAGACUUCCUCGGCCUCCCCACGCUCGCCGACAUUGCACCACACUACCGCACGCACAUCACUCGGCUGACGAUCACGCUAGGAAGCAGCUGGACAGGACCACCAGCAAGUUGGAAGGUCACCAAGGGUCUUGCACGAUACUUGCAAAGGAUGAGAGGUGUCCGUGUGUUGAGGGUCUUCGUGACACUCGAUCCGACAGGCGACGAUUUUGAGAAAUACAGGAUCAGCUACGACUUCUACACCGAUUUCUGUGGCGAGCUGCUGCGAGAGGUGUUGAAGGCGAUGCCGAAGGCGCUGGAGAUGGUGGAAUUGUCGGGAUAUGAGCAUGUUGAGCCGGAUGGGCCGCUGGUGAGUCGCUUGGCGAAGGAGGCUAUCGCGAAGGAGAAGGUGGUUUUGUAUGGUCAAGAGUGCGGGUGGUCCAAGAAGAUGGAGAAUUUGAAGGGAGACCGGCGGACACUUGUGUUGCGAUGA